AUGAAGGCCUCGGAGAAGCGGGACGGGGACUGGAGCGGCUGUGACGGGAGUGGGGCAGGCGCACACGCGGUGCCGAGUACCGAGGCCCGGAGGUCCGGACCGACGCGUAGACAGCCCCCUGCCGCCGCCUCCGACCCGGGGAGGCUCGGAGCGCGGCCCCGCAGCCCUAAGGAGCCCCCGCCUCCCCGGCGGAAGGUGCUGGUCCCGUCCGGGCGCCGGGGACCCUCNAGGCCGGCCGCUCCCCGGCGGGCAGGCCUGCCGCCCCGCGCUGUCUCCUCCGCGGGCUCGGGGGGCGCGCGUCCGCGCCCGGGGCGACUCCGGGGCCCCGGGGUUUCUGUGCUUCGGCUCCCCGAUGAGUCCGCCGAGGGGGCGGAGGGGCCGCGGGACACCGCCGGGACCCCGCGGUCGCUGGCGACCCGGGCGCGGCGCGCGGCUCUGGCCGGGGUCCGGGGCUCCGCCGGGGCAGCCCCCGGAAGGCGCCUUGCGCGAGUGACAGCGGGCAGAACGGUCCGGGAAGUGAGUCUCUCCGGCGGAGCGGCAGCCCUCGCGAGCGGCGUUGGGGCCAUUCUGCCCCGUCUGCACGGCCUGUACCUGCUGGACUCGGCCUGGGGUCGGCCGGUUACAGGAGGCUCUAGUGGCAUCGGAAAGUGCAUUGCUAUCGAGUGCUAUAAACAAGGAGCCUUUAUAACUCUGGUUGCACGGAAUGAGGACAAGCUGUUACAGGCAAAGAAAGAAAUCGAAAAACACUCUAUUAAUGAUAAACAGGUGGUGCUGUGUAUAUCAGUUGAUGUAUCUCAAGACUAUAGCCAAGUAGAGAACGUCAUAAAACAAGCUCAGGAGAAGUUGGGCCCGGUGGACAUGCUUGUAAACUGUGCAGGAAUGUCACUUGCAGGAAAAUUUGAAGAUCUUGAAGUUAGUACUUUUGAAAGGCUGAUGAGCGUCAACUACCUGGGCAGCGUGUACCCCAGCCGGGCGGUGAUCGCCACCAUGAAGGAACGCCGCGUGGGCAGGGUCGUCUUCGUGUCCUCCCAGGCCGGGCAGCUGGGCCUCUUUGGGUACACGGCAUACUCUUCGUCCAAGUUUGCCAUCAGGGGACUGGCGGAGGCUUUGCAGAUGGAGGUGAAGCCUUACAAUGUGUAUGUCACAGUUGCCUACCCACCAGACACAGACACCCCCGGGUUUGCAAAAGAAAACCAGACCAAGCCUUUAGAGACACGUCUUAUUUCAGAGACCACAUCGGUCUGCAAACCAGAACAAGUGGCCAAACAAAUUGUUAAAGACGCCAUACAAGGGAAUUUCAGCAGUUCCAUCGGCUCUGACGGGUACAUGCUCUCGUCGCUGACCUGCGGAAUGGCUCCGGUGACAUCCAUCACGGAAGGGCUCCAGCAGGUCGUCACCAUGGGCCUCUUCCGCACGAUCGCGUUGUUUUACCUUGGAAGUUUCGACAGUAUUGUUCGUCGCUGCAUGAUGCAGAAGGCGAAAUCGGAAACUAUAGACAAAACUGCCUAAUUCUUACCCCUUGGAAAAAGACUGUCUGAAUAAUUUACCAGCUUGCUGCUAAGUGGGACACAGUUUUGGGCUUGCAGACACUUACGUCUUGCUUUCUAAUCUGUGAGAUUGGACCAGUGAUCUUCAGAAACCUGGCUGCAAGCAAGGGGAUCGCCGUUCAGCUCCAGACUAUUAUUAAUACUAUGCAAAUACGGAGGAGACCACUUGAUUCUCCCAGGUGGAGAGGUGAUGGUAAGGGAACUCAUAGCAUGUCAGCAGGAUUCCGGAAUGAUCAUUGAAAUGUUUCUUCUAUUCUAUUUUUUCCCGUUAGAAAUCAUGUCCAGAAAUGGGUUUCUGGGACCUUUUCUUUUUUUCUUGUUCUCUUUUUUAACUUGGUGUGUUUUAUUCCAGAUGCAUUUUACACAUUACCUUGGGGUCUGAAUACAUAAUAAUGUCCCUGACUCAUUCUGAUGCUGGUGGUCCCUUGUGGUUUCUUUCUCUUUGAUCCCAUAAAACUACACGGGGGAUGGGAGAGGACCAUACAGAGGAACGGAGGAGAUAAAUAUUUUCCAGUAGGAAAAAAUAAUGAUUUUUUUUGUCUUCUUUAGACUUGAAUGCUUAGGGCACUUCUCAUCUUUCAUUCAUGGAGAAAGGCAGCCUCCUGAAAUAUUUUCUGAAGAGAAGUAAAACCUUAGCAGCUUAAAAGUUUACAGUUUCUUCAGUAGCCAUAAUGACCCGAAGCUCACCCAUUCCAUUGUAGUUUCUUAUUCUUCCCAUGUCUUCCUUUCCAAUUUUGCUUAGACUGCUAUAAUAUUUUUAUAAAAAAAGGAAAGAGAGACACCAGUUUCUUCCUUGACUUUUUAAAUUAAUUAAUGAAUUUAUUAAAACAAAUGAAAAAGUUAGGAAGUGUGACCUUUGUCUCCUUGUAGCAUAUAUGUAGCUUUUAAGAAAGACCGAAGGGGGAGUUUGCUGCUCCAGCGGUUAAGACUCUGCCCUUCUAAUGCAGGGGCACAGGUUUGACCCCUAGUGGGGAGCUAGGACCCCACAUACCAUGUGGCACAGCAAAAAAAACAAAAAAAAAAAACACGCUGACAGCAUAUUUCAGUUUGGGGUUUUCCCUGAGACGGCCGUGUGGGUCUCCCCCUUCGUUGUGUUCAUGUGGUGCCUUACACCGAUCCAUGUUUGUGUUGAACCUUACUUGCACUGCAGAGGUAGAUUCCAUCUGGCCAAGGUGUAUAGUCAUUUUAAUAUGCAGCUGAAGCAAUACUUUCGCAGCCCACCUCCUUAUAAAAUAAGACAGAAACUGUGCCCCCCUCCCGCUUUCUGCCGGUGUUGGAGGGGCUCCUGCGGCGGUGUGGGCGUUGGCAGCAGCCUCAGUUUUACUCGUUAAGGAAGAAACUGUAGGACCACAAGGGCUGCCAGCAUCAAAGAUGCUUGUUCCCGAAAUAAAACGAUCGCCCUGUUCUUUCCGUGACUUCCCCUCUGACCUUGAGAACAUCUCCAUACCGCGUGUUAAGAAAGCCCAGCCAUCGCUGGCACAGCGGAGGCCUGGACACGCUGUUCCUCUCCGGACACCGGGCCACCGUCCACAGGCAGAGUUCUGCAGCGAGAGCCCAGGGAGUCUCAGCCCGCGAGCUGCUCAUCAGCGGAUGCGCUCUUCGACCUGAGACUCUAGGGCGGCACCGUCCUUGUACCGGCCCCACCCUGUCGCACACACUGUGAGUUUAUGCAUCUCCACAUUCCAGUUCCUUUUAGUGAGAAAAGACCACUGCUUUGGAAGAAGGAAUUUUUUUUUACUCUUGUUCAAAAACAGCAGCUAUACAAGAGAUUAAAGACCUGAACACUAUGACAAAGCUUUUCUGCUCUUGAGUUUUUGAACUCUUGACUUUCAAAUGACUUAAUUUUUACAAAGUAAGAUGUUUAACGGCUUUUAUCCAGUGUCUUUUUAAAAGACACAAGAACGGCACGUGUUCAAACACUGACAGAGACAGAAGAAAUGAUUAUUUAAUAUAUAAGUUGCUUGGGAUGACUUCAUUGCAGUCUGUGGGGGUUGAUUGAACCCAUAAAGUUUUCAUGAAUCUUUCAGCCUUCAGGAGCCAUCAUUUGCAAAUUCUGUUGAGUCAUAUUGGGCGCUUCUAAAAGGGAGUAAUGACUAUAUUUUCCUCAUUCACAGAAAACAGAUACAAAGUAAAAGCUGGGUGUUUCUCAAUUUUAUUCUUUUCUCGUAAGUGUUUCUUGAAUGUGGGUAUCUUCUACUGAUGGUCUAUAUUAAAGCCUAGUCCAAGAUGGUGCAUUCUUUAAUUAAACUAUUUCAGUAGUUAUUUCAGUAUCCAUUUCUCAAGGUAUCCUCAGAGAGAGUUCAGUCAUUCCAGGUCACCUACUACGCGAACAGAUCUAAGAGCCCCCGAUCCACGACGGGGAGAUAUCCCCACCCAGGAUGAAACUCAAGUGUGAGAGCAGAUUCUGCAGCUGAAGCGACGCUUUCACAGAAGUCAUAGCAGCGGGGAACUACAGCGUGAGAUUCCUGGAAACACGGCACCUCUUUGUCGGAGGCGGCGAAGGUCUACAGCUUUGUGAACAGAAAGGUUUGAAAACGGAGGUGUUCCUUUCCUUCUUUCUACACUUGGUGCCAUAAUCUACUUGACGGCAAAACCCGACUUGAGAUUCCUGUAGUUUUUAUUUAUGUCAUGCCAUGGGCUGUUCACUCGUCUGAAGAAAUACCAACGGUUUUGAUGACAGGGAUUGCCCCAGACUCUGUGGAGAUGUUUUUAUAAUAUCCAGUGUAGACCCCAUAUUACCUUUUCAAAGUGUAAAAAAAAAAAAAGAAAUUUUCUUUGGAUGGGGGAUUGUAGACACUUCAGGAGCAUCACACAGUGACCUGGCUUCAUCUAAAUCAUGAAACUAUUACAAGGCAAAUUCUAUUUUUUAUCUUUUUUUGGCUCAAUUCUUGUUAAACCUUUUAUUAUACUGAUUUCUUUUUUGCUCGGAAAGAAGAGAAAGACUGAGUCAGACUGCAGAUUGUUAGGGAAACUAUUGGCUUUUUUUUUAAGGAUCACAUUGAUUCAGCACUUUCUAUUGUGCCCAGAAGUGGACAAGUCUUACUUGUGGCAGAAGAAGUUUAAUCAUAAUUCUGUUGAAAGGUGGGUUCUGUGUAUGUGACCAACAAUAGCUUAUUAUGUGAGUUUCAGGUCUGAUGUGCCUGCCUCUGCUAGGUUGGGUUGUACUAUUUUAUUAUAAUGUAUUUGUGAGUAUAUUUAUUUUAAUGUUUAAUAUUAUUCAGCCAUUGAAAUUGCAAAGUAUGUUCAAGGACCCUUUAUCAUUGAAAAAUGUAUAAAAAUUCUCAUUUAUUUUUGCUAAAACAAAGUCAAGAGAGUUGAUCUUUUCUGUAUAUUUAAAAAUUUAACUCUCACAUUUGAAAAGAGAAGAAAUUAAAAAUGCUGUUAUUGAUGGCCCCUUUAGAUGAAAUUAUAUUUGUUUCAUUAUGGGCCUCUGUUUGGAUCAUUUUUUGUUGAUUCUUGGAAGUAAAAAUUUGAGAGUCCGUUUCUAAUAUUAAAUGACAAAACCUUUUUGAUAAUAGUUGCUUUGAUUCAAAGAAUUGUAUGUCUUUGUCUUUUCAGAAGAAGGUAGUCCCAUAAUAAUUUUUUAAAAAUGAAUUGUAUCAACAGAUUUAAUUUUAUUAUAUCAUAUUCCAAUUCAAACAUGUCUUAACUCCCUUGAGGACACUUAAGCUAUUCAUACUUUUUGACCUAAAAUGUUUGUAUCUUUCUCAUUUCCUUAACUUCUUAGUGACUCAGUGUUGAAGAUUACCUACUAACCAUAACCUUCCAUAUUCUGGACUAAAUCUUGUUUAGUUCAGGGCAGUGAUGGCAGAUUUGGUAUUUUGAAGAGGAGAGACUAGCUAUUAUAUUUUACACUUGCUUGAGGUGACAACUCUAAAGGCAUUUUUAAACUGAUAAGAGUGCAUAUGACUAUUUUGAUAUAUAAUAGAACCUGUGUUUGCUACUUUAGAAGCUUAUGUGGCAGAAUUGUAACCUAAUUUUCAUAUCUUGUAUUUCUGAAUCAUGACAAAAAAUAAAUGGGGAACAUGCUUUACA